UUCAUUUCUAGGAGGUGUCUCAGUCACAUGGGACCAAAGAAUCUAACACGUGUCUCAGAAUUCCUCCUCAUGGGCCUCUCAGAUGACCUGGAACUCCAGCCUCUCCUCUUCGGCCUGUUCCUGUCCAUGUAUCUGGUCACUGUGCUUGGGAACCUACUCAUCAUCCUGACCAUCAGCUCUGACUCCCACCUCCACACCCCCAUGUACUUCUUCCUCUCCAACCUGUCCGUGGCUGACAUUGGUUUCACCUCCACCACAAUCCCCAAGAUGAUGGUGGACAUCCACACUCACAGCAGAGUCAUCUCCUAUGUGGGCUGCCUGACUCAGAUGUCUUUUUUUACUCUUUUUGGAUGUUUGGACAGUCUCCUCCUGAAUGUGAUGGCCUAUGACCGAUUUGUGGCCAUCUGCCGCCCCUUGCACUACCUGGUCAUCAUGAACCCCUGCCUCUGUGGUCUGCUGGUUUUGGUAUCUUUUUUCAUCAGUCUUUUGUACUCUCAUCUGCACAGUUUGAUUGUGUCACAACUUACCUUCUUCAUGGAUGUGGAAAUCCCACAUUUCUUUUGUGACCCUUCUCAGCUAUUCAACCUUGCCUGUUUUGAAAUCCCCAUCAGUAACAUAUUAAUGUAUUUUAUUGCUGCUAUUUUUGGUGGUGUUCCACUCACAGGGAUCCUUUUCUCUUACUAUAAAAUUGUUUCCUCCAUUCUGAGAGUCCCCUCAGCAGGUGGGAAGUACAAGGCCUUCUCCACCUGUGGCUCUCAUCUGUCUGUUGUUUGCUUAUUUUAUGGAACAGGACUUGGUGUAUACCUCAGUUCUGCUGUCUCACAUUCCCCCAGGAAGGAUUCUGUGGCCUCAGUGAUAUACACUGUGGUCACCCCCAUGCUGAACCCCUUCAUCUAUAGCCUGAGGAACAGGGACAUCAAGACAGCCAUGCAGAGGCUCCUCAGAAGAACAGUGUAAUCUCAGUACGUGCACCAUCUUUUUCAGUGUGUGGGUUGGAAGAGCCAGUAAAUCCAAACAGCUGGAAUUCGUAAUUAUGCACAUUUGGUUUCACGAUUUUUCCAGCUUUUGUGCCUUUCACUCUUCUCAGUGUUUCAUAUCGUCAUUUGGUACAUCUUUAAUGGCCUUAAGGGAGUAUUGUUGGAUACUGUCCUCAUUAUAACAACUGCCAUGGAAUUAAAUUAUCAUAUUACAGCUAUACAGUCUUCAUUAUUUCUCAUCUAUAAACCAGGCAUCCUGGAGAAAUGCACAGUACUUUUUAAAAUAUUUAAUAAUCCUUGACACUUUCCAAAAUUCAUGUCUGUUUCCCACAGAACUUUUGUAUCUUUCAGACCUGUCUCUGUGUGUUAUGUGUAAGGAUGCAUGCAACUGGUCUUCAAAUUUGGCUUCAUAUUGGAGUCAUCUGGAGAUCUUUAAAAUAAUGAUAAUUGCCUCUCACCACAGAUUAUAAUUGAAUUGGACUGAGGUGUAGCCUUAGUAUGAGGAUUUAAAAAUCAUCCAGUUGAUUUUCACGUAUAACCAAGGUUGGCAAUGACUGAUUGAAUCACAUGUUUCAUUCAAAAAUGACUAGUAUGUUUGGAUCUUUCACUGCUCCUGAGCGGACACUGAAGUUGUUAAGGUCAUCCUAGCUCACAAGAGGAGUGGUAUGAAAAAGUUUGCCUUUGCAACAGGCACUGUGAUUUUUUCCAACAUUCUUGAUAUUUCUUUACAUACAUUCAGCUUCCAUACCAUACAACUAGUCAUCUGUGCUGGUUAAUAAGAUAUUGUCACCUUUCUCCAAACCCACCCUUCUAUACUUUACUUCAGCAAAGGGUGGCUCUUUCCUUUCACUAGUAACAGUAUCUUUAGGACUUCGCUUUGAAACUAUUCUUCCCUGUCUUUUGUUCUGAUGAAUCUUUCAGCUCUCAUCUGUGUCUACGAUAUGGGUAUCCAUGUUUCUUUUAGAGAUGUUGCAGAGUUUCUGAGGCAGUGACCUGGUGCUCUCUGAAAACCAGCCUUCUAACUAGUUUAAUUUACUUGGCCUUUUGCCUUAAGCUCAAUCAUCUACCAACUUCACUGAUCAGAAACUUUGAUACUGGAGAAGGAAAUGCUCUUUACGGAGGAUGAAGCCAUACCAGCCAGUGAGAAGAGAUACUUCCCAUUAAAAAAAUGACUAAAUUAGGGUUUUGAUUCCCUGGUUUUCAUGAGACAGUUUGGAUCUGAUCUACUCUGGAACAAUGAAUAAGCUUUGUCUCUAUUUUUGAAAACCUAAGUAAUGGGCAAAAGCCUAUGGAAUUUGCCAAGGUGAUUGUGUUGGUUAAUUUUAUAUGUCAAUGUGGCUGUGCCAUGGUGCCCAGACAUUUGGUCAAACAUUAUUCUGGAUGUUUCUGUGAAAGUGUUUUCUGGCUGAGAUUAAUGUUUAGAUGGGUGAACUUUGAAUAAAGCAGAUGACUCUUUCUAAUAUGGGUGGGCCUUGUCUAAUCAGAUGAAGGCCUUAAUAGAACAAAGACUGACCUCCUGGAAGAAGAAGAAAUCCUGCCAGCAGACUGCAUUUGGACUUGAACUGCAACUCUUCCCUGAAUCUGGCCUACCCUGCAAAAUUGUGUUUACCAAGCCUCCACAAACACCUGAGCCAAUUUCUUAGAAUAAAUAUCUCUGUAUUUAUAUGUUUAUUCAUAUCCAGUUGGUUCAGUUUCUCUGGAAAUCCCUGACUAAUACAGUAAUGUUGCCUUUUGAUAUCUCAUUUUAUAUUCUCCCCAGUGGUAAUACUUUCUUUUUCCUCU